CCGCCCGCGGGGCGGGGGUGCCUGGGAGCCGCGGGGUGGGCGGGCAGCGGCAGCUUGCCGGGUGCAGCGUAGUCCUCAUCGCCCAGGUGCCCUGCCUCGGGCUCUGGUUCCUGCGGAUCGGGCUGUAGGAAGCGCCGCGCGGGUCGAAGUCCUAGUCUGGGUGGGCGUCGCUGCCAGGGCAUGCAAUGCCCGUCUCAAGACCCCUUUGCACCCUUGGGGGGGGGUCUCCGCUCAGGCCCGCGUGCAGCUUCCGGCGAGCAGCUGGGGCGGAGCUAGUGGGGGCGGGGCUCCGUGAUUGACACCUCUCUCCCCAGACUUCACGUUCUACGCUGGACCCCUCCCCUGUCCUGAACUGAGCCGACACCAUGCACGGGCGCCUGAAGGUGAAGACAUCGGAAGAGCAGGCGGAGGCCAAAAGGCUAGAGCGGGAGCAGAAGCUGAAGCUGUACCAGUCAGCCACCCAAGCCGUCUUCCAAAAGCGCCAGGCUGGUGAGCUGGAUGAAUCAGUGCUGGAACUGACGAGCCAGAUUCUGGGAGCCAAUCCUGAUUUUGCCACCCUCUGGAACUGCCGGCGCGAAGUGCUUCAGCACCUGGAGACCCAGAAGUCCCCCGAGGAGCUGGCCGCUCUGGUGAAAGCAGAACUGGGCUUCCUGGAAAGCUGCCUGCGGGUGAACCCCAAGUCCUAUGGUACCUGGCAUCACCGCUGCUGGCUGCUGAGCCGCCUGCCCGAGCCCAACUGGGCCCGGGAGCUGGAGCUGUGUGCCCGCUUCCUGGAGGUGGAUGAGCGGAACUUUCACUGCUGGGACUACCGGCGGUUUGUGGCUGCACAGGCGGCUGUGCCCCCCGCAGACGAGCUGGCCUUCACUGAUAGCCUCAUCACCCGAAACUUCUCCAACUACUCCUCCUGGCAUUACCGCUCCUGCCUCUUGCCCCAGCUGCACCCCCAGCCAGAUGCUGGACCACAGGGGCGCCUCCCGGAGGACGUGCUGCUCAAGGAGCUGGAGCUCGUGCAGAACGCCUUCUUCACCGACCCCAACGAUCAGAGCGCGUGGUUCUAUCACCGCUGGCUCCUGGGUCGAGCUGACCCCCAGGACGCUCUGCACUGCCUGCACGUGAGCCGGGACGAGGCCUGUCUGACUGUCUGCUUCUCUCGGCCCGUCCUAGUGGGCCCUGGGACAGAUACUUUGCUACUCAUGGCUGAUGAGUCACCUCUGAUGGUGGAAUGGAGAACCCCAGAUGGCAGGAACCAGCCCAGUCACGUCUGGCUCUGCGACCUGCCCACCGCCUCCCUCAACGACCAGUUGCCCCAACACACGUUUCGUGUCAUUUGGACAGCAGGCGGGGUCCACAAGGAGUGUGUGCUUUUAAAAGGUCGCCAGGAGGGAUGGUGCCGGGACUCAGCCACAGAUGAGCAGCUGUUCAGGUGUGAGCUGUCGGUGGACAAAUCCACAGUGCUGCAGUCCGAGCUCAAGUCCUGUAAGGAGCUGCAGGAGCUGGAGCCUGAGAAUAAAUGGUGCCUGCUCACCAUCAUCCUGCUGAUGCGGGCACUGGACCCCCUGCUGUACGAGAAGGAGACGCUGCAGUACUUCCAGACCCUCCAGGCCGUGGACCCAAUGAGGGCAGCGUAUCUGGAUGACCUGCGCAGCAAGUUCUUGCUGGAGAACAGUGUGCUCAAGAUGGAGUACGCGGAUGUGCGCGUGCUACACCUGGCCCACAAGGAAUUCCCAUGCCUCUUGGAAUUCCGGCAUCCUCCCGUGCUCCUCACCCUUGGCAGGCCCCAGAGCCCGAAGCCCAGAUAGUUUCCAGAGAUUCCUGAUAAGCUUUCCAGGCCCCACUCUUCCUGUUUCCAGUCCUUCCUGAUCCGUGUUCCGAAUGCAUCAGUUUCAAUGCAUCCCUGCAGCCUACCUGCACUCCCACCGAGGCCCUUCCCACACUCACACUCGCAUUCACACUCACCGGGCUGCUCCUGCGGUGUCUUUGUCCACCCCUGUCCUGUGUGCCUGCUGCUGUCCAGGCUGCCUCCUCCUGGCCGUGCCCCGUGGCCACUGCACGCCCAGCGCUCCCUCUCUGUCCCUGGUUGCAUGUGCUGCUGUGGGCUGUCCGGUUAGCUUCCCACCUGCUUCCCCCGGCACCUGGCAGGCACAAAGGGCAAGGCCUGCUAACAGUGACUGAGGACCCACUGGCAGGUCUCACUGGGUGUCUCC